AUGUCGCUGAAAAUAAUCAGAGUCCCGGAAAGUAUAGACUUUCCAAAAGAGGAAGAAAAGAUUUUAAAGUUUUGGAAAGACAUCGAUGCAUUCCAGAGCUGCCUAAAACAAUCUAAAAAUAAGCCCAGGUACUCAUUCUAUGAUGGUCCUCCUUUCGCUACUGGACUACCGCACUAUGGUCACAUUUUGGCUGGUACUAUUAAGGAUGUAGUAACUAGAUAUGCCCACCAAAAGGGAUAUCAUGUAGAAAGGCGAUUUGGUUGGGACUGCCAUGGCCUUCCCGUUGAAUUUGAAAUUGAUAAGACAUUGGGUGUUAAAGGUCCAGAAGAUGUGGAGAAAAUGGGUAUAGAUAAGUACAAUGCAGAAUGUAGAAAGAUAGUAAUGAAAUAUGCAACUGAAUGGGAAACAAUCAUUACUAGAAUGGGAAGAUGGAUUGAUUUCAAAAAUGACUACAAGACACUUUACCCAUGGUUUAUGGAGUCAAUUUGGUGGGUCUUUAAAGAACUGUACAAUAAGGGUUUAGUUUAUCAGGGAGUUAAAGUCAUGCCAUACUCUACAGCCUGCUCCACUCCACUGUCAAAUUUUGAGUCAGAAUUAAUGUACAAGACUUUAAGACAACUUCUGCCCGGUGAUUCUCUAGAAAGUGUUCACUUCAACAUGAUACCAGAACCGAAACAGAAUUUAGUGGACACCAACAUUGAAAGAGCCGUACAAAGAAUGCAAACAGUAAUCGAGCUAGGUAGAGUUCUAAGGGAUAGAAAAACCAUACCAAUAAAGUAUCCUCUACCAGAAAUGAUCGUUAUUCAUCGCGAUGAAACGUAUUUGAAUGAUGUUAAUUCCUUAUUAACGUAUGUUUUGGAGGAAAUGAAUGUGAAGAAAAUUCAACUGACAAGUGAUAAAGAAAAGUAUGGUAUCACUCUACGUGUUGAACCGGACCACAAAAUUCUAGGAGUCCGAUUGAAGGGAGAUUUUAAAGCAGUUACUCAAGCAUUGAAAAAUCUAAACAAUGAGCAAUGUGAAAAGUUAAUUGCUGAUGGAUAUGUGGAACUUGUUGGGCAAAGAAUUGAUGUGUCCGAAGUAAGAUUUAUAUUCCAGGCUACUGGUAAUGAACAAUAUGAGGCACACAGCGACAAUGAUGUGCUAAUAUUACUUAAUGUUACUCCUGACCAAGACAUGCUUGAUGAAGGUUUCGCUAGAGAAAUCAUUAAUAGAGUACAGAAGCUAAGAAAAAAAGCGCAUUUGGUACCUACUGAUGAGGUCGAUGUCUUCUUUUCAACGAGUAAAACGGGAGACAUACUUCGCAUAAUCAAUUUAUACCGUGAACUAAUAGAAACUACUGUUAAAGCACCUUUAAAGCUCGCCGAGUCGCUUUCACCGUCGAAACCAAUAAUAAUUCAAGAGGUACAAGAAUUGAAAGGCGCGGAACUGAAAUUAAUAAUAACGUGGAGAAAAGAUGUAGAACUGCCCGCAAGUCCGUGGGCGAAUGUUAUCCUUCAAAAGUUGACUCCAAGAUUCGGCGCGACAGCUAAUCACGGAAAUAUAAUUCUUUCUGAUAAAGAUAAGAAUCUUUUAACAGUCGAGAGUCUUUAUAAAGAAAUUACAGUGCUAUUUGGCCUCUAUGGCAUUAAGUUUACACUUUGGUGUGACGGUGCCGAAGUUAAAAACGUGGAUAAUUUAAACGGAAAAACCAUUAUUGUUUCACCGACAGUGCCGGAAGUAUUUGAAAAUAGAACUAAUCCUUUCUGUAAGUUCAUUAACUUUAUUAAUGGAAGUAAGACUGCGACGCUAUUUUUAGAAAAUCCCCAGGGAACAUUACUGUGGAACAAGGAGAAAGCCUCAAAAUUCGCAUCUAAUCAUUUCGGCAUACAGGUU